AUGGCACUUGCACCUCAGAGCAUGUGCGUCGCCCAGCCGGAAGCGUCUGGAACUGCAGCCUUGAGCCGGCUCUGCCCACACAGACCAGCCACCUUACACAGUUGGAUUGUUGGAGGGCACGAAGCCUCACCACAUUCACGACCCUAUGCAGCAGCUCUGAAAGUGCAUGGACAUUUUAACUGUGGUGGUUUCCUGGUGGCCCCUCAAUGGGUGAUGACUGCAGCUCACUGCAAUGGAGACAUCCUUGUCAUUCUGGGAGCUCAUGAUCUGAAUGCUGUAGAAGACACACAGGAGGUGAUCAGGGUUGAAAGCGCUCAUGAACAUCCAGACUACAAGAUUUAUUAUGGAACGCCAUACAAUGACAUCCUUCUUCUUAAGGAAAGAGGAAAGCUGGAUCGUGAAGCCAAGCUUAACAAGUAUGUUCAAGUAGUUCCUUUACCACAGACUGAAAAGGAUCCCCCCAAAGACACAGAAUGUAUCGUGGCUGGCUGGGGAUGCAUUGAUGACCGGUUGGAAGGCUCAACAAAGCUUUUUAUGACCCACGUCAUCCUCCCUGGCUGCAGGAAGUGCCUGCAGCUUCUCCCAGAACUCACCAAUGGGAUGGUGUGUGCAGGAAGCAGUUCCAAGCUCUGUAAUGUCAGCAAUGGGGAUUCUGGAAGUGCUCUGGUCUGCAAUGGAGCUACACAUGUGCCACCAUCAUUUUACACCCGUGUUUCUGCCUACUUUCCUUGGAUCAGAAAGGUUAUGGGAAGAGUCCUGGAAAGGCAAGACCCACCUGCCUAAUGAACUGCCUGCAAG